CAGGGAGGUCAUUAAUAACCAAUUAGGAGGGUCAAUGAAGCUCAUAUAUAGCCGGGCGGGAGCCGCCGAGCCGCACGGAGCCCAGCCCGCCGCCCACCGCCCGCCGUGCCCGGCCCCGUCGCGUCCGGCCCCGCCGCCUCGCCCCCAUGAUGGGCUCGGUGCUGCCCGCCGAGGCCCUGGUCCUCAAGCCCGGGCUGAAGCCUCAGGGGCUCUCGCUGGCCGAGGUGAUCACCUCCGACAUCCUGCACAGCUUCCUCUACGGCCGCUGGAGAAACGUGUUGGGCGAGCAGCUCUUCGAGGAGAAGAGCAGCCCCAAGACCGCCUUCACGGCCGAGGUCCUGGCUCAGUCCUUCUCCGGAGAGGUGCAGAAGCUCUCCAGCCUGGUGCUGCCGUCGGAAGUGAUCAUCGCCCAGAGCUCCAUCCCCGGGGAAGGGCUCGGCAUCUUCUCCAAGACCUGGAUCAAAGCUGGCACCGAGAUGGGGCCGUUCACGGGCAGAGUCAUCUCCCCUGAGCAUGUGGACCUGUGCAAGAACAACAACCUCAUGUGGGAGGUCUUCAACGAGGACGGCACCGUGCGCUACUUCAUCGACGCCAGCCAGGAGGAUCAUCGCAGCUGGAUGACCUACAUCAAGUGUGCACGGAACGAGCAGGAGCAGAACCUGGAGGUGGUCCAGAUCGGGAACAGCAUCUUCUACAAGGCCAUUGAGAUGAUUCCUCCAGACCAAGAGCUGCUGGUCUGGUACGGGAACUCCCAUAACACCUUCCUGGGUAUUCCUGGUGUGCCGGGGCUGGAAGAGGAGCAGAAGAAGAACAAACAUGAGGAUUUCCACGCGGUGGAGACGGGGGCCAGCACGACGGGGCGCAUGCGCUGCGUGAUCUGCCACCGCGGCUUCAACUCCCGCAGCAACCUGCGCUCCCACAUGCGCAUCCACACCCUGGACAAGCCCUUCGUGUGCCGCUUCUGCAACCGCCGCUUCAGCCAGUCCUCCACCCUGCGCAACCACGUCCGCCUGCACACGGGAGAGCGGCCCUACAAGUGCCAGGUGUGCCAAAGUGCCUACUCCCAGCUCGCGGGGCUGCGGGCGCACCAGAAGAGCGCCCGGCACCGGCCCCCCAACGCCUCCCUGCAGGCCCACUCGCCGGCCCUGCCCGUGCCCCACCCUGCCUCCCUGGCCCACCACAUCCCCACCAUGGUGCUGUGAAGCCCCUGGCAUGGCAGCGGGAUUUUUGGACAGCAAGGACUGAUGCUGAGACAUGCAAUGGACUGGGGGGGGGUGGCCCUUGGCAGAGCUGAGGGGGCAGAGGCUGCUUUGUGUCUUGGAGGGGGCGCUGGGUUGUUUCUGGGGCAUGGGUUUGGCAGGUGAGUGAGGGGAACACCCAGCUGUGCAGCUGCACUGUGUGGGAUCGUACCCCGGGGUGUAGGGCAGGCUGCUAGUCCCUAGGCUUGGCAGGGGAGAAGGGACACAGCAGGAUGUCCUGCAGGGAUUUGCCAGUGGGCUGGAGUAGCUGAAAAGCUGGGCCUGAAUGAGUCACACCUGGCUUUUACAGAUAAUUUGGAGGAAAGAAAAAUUGCUCUUAUCCCUCCUCCUUCUCUGCUCCAGCAAGUGCCCAGCAGACACCUGGAAGGCUGGCACAGCCCCGAUGUGGCCACCCCAGUCACGACUCUUUGUCCCAGGGGUGGCUUUGGCCCUGGUGGCUCCUUCCAAGGGACACUUUUCCCUCCUCGGGAGCCCUGAGUUAGCAAACAGUUGUAUUUUCCCCCACCCAAGCACCCCUUUCCCUGCCCUCUCCAGCCUGAGCUGUGCACUGGGCUUUGCCACCACUUUGAGUGAUGCCGAGUAGGCAGAGGGGACACAUUCCAUGGGGACACCGUGCCAGCUGGGAAUGCCCAUCCACAGGCAGGUUUUGAGGGGACCCUGAGCUCUGCCGGGCUGUGUUUGUUCCAGUCCUUGGAGCAACUCUUCCCCAGCCGUGAGGGAACAUUUCGGCUGGAACUGCUACUGCCCUCUGGGGACAGAGAAAGCCCGUCCCUGGGCCAGCUCUGUCCCCAGGGACAACUCUAAGCGCCCUCUGGAGUCCCACACUCCUGAAGGAAGGCUGUGUAUCAUAAAGCUUAAAAGAAGGUAUUCUAAUAUUAAUUAUAAGUCUAAGUUGUAUAAAGUUCUCACAAGCCGUGUUUUACUUCCAGAAAAAGAAAACAAAAAAACAAACAACUGUCACUUUAACUUUGUAAAUAUUUAUGUAAACAUUAUUUACAAAACUUUGAUAUUAUAUAUUAUUUGAUUGUAUAUGUACACAGUGUAAAUACAUUUGUACCUCUCUCUUGUAUUCUAAAUAAAAAUUACUUGGGACAUUUAUCAUUUAGAA